GUUGCUUCACACGGGCGGUACCCGGAUGUAGCUGCUCACGUUCUCCACAGAGAGAGAGACCCCUAGGGGAGGGAGAAGGCGGGGAAGUCCGCGCAUGCGCCGUGGCCUCUCUCCUCCUCUCCUUUCUUCCCUCAGGGGCUUGGACGUCUCUGAGGCUGGUCGCUAGGCCUUGAAUCCAGGCGGGGCUGGAGGUGGCUAUGUCAGCUGAAGCCACCGCAGACCAGGCCUCCUCCCUGGAGAAUUGCGCACCCCUGGUCCCAACCCAGCAACGACGGGAUGGCGGCGGAGGGGUAGCCGGCGUGACCUUUGACCUCAAGCCCCUGAACCCCAGCAGCAAGUAUGUCAAGCUGAACGUCGGAGGGUCCCUGCAUUACACCACCGUGCAAACCCUCACCAAACAAGACACUAUGCUCAAGGCAAUGUUCAGCGGCCGGAUGGAGGUGCUCACAGAUAGCGAAGGGUGGAUCUUGAUUGACCGAAGUGGACGCCAUUUUGGUACCAUCUUGAAUUACUUGAGAGAUGGCUCAGUAUCCCUUCCAGAGUCCCAGCGGGAGUUGGAAGAAGUCCUCUCUGAAGCCCGGUAUUACCUGAUACAAGGUUUGGUUGAGGACUGCCAGCUUGCCCUACAGCAAAAGAGUGAAGCUUUUGACCCACUCUGCCACAUCCCCAUGAUAACAUCACCCAAGGAGGAGCAGCAGAUAAUCUCAAGCUGUUCCAAGCCUGUGGUGAAGUUACUGCAUAAUAGAAGUAAUAACAAGUAUUCCUAUACAAGUAACUCUGAUGACAACUUACUGAAGAAUAUUGAACUAUUUGACAAAUUAGCUUUGCGGUUCAAUGGAAGGGUGCUCUUCAUCAAAGAUGUUCUCGGAGAUGAGAUUUGCUGCUGGUCCUUUUAUGGUCAGGGCCGUAAGAUCGCAGAAGUCUGCUGCACCUCCAUUGUCUAUGCUACGGAGAAGAAGCAGACCAAGGUAGAGUUCCCAGAAGCCCGGAUCUUUGAGGAAACCCUGAACAUCCUCAUUUACGAGACGCCGCGAGUGCCAGACAGAGCCCUCCUGGAGGCAACUGGCGGGGUGGCUGGCGGAGGUGGGGGCCCCCUCCGUGCCGGUGAUGACGAAGACGGACGAGAGCACCGUGUCCGACGCAUCCAUGUCCGUCGACACAUCAUGCACGAUGAGCGCCCUCAUGGCCACCAAACAGUUUUCAAAGACUGAUCCUUCCUCAUUCCUGGUACCUUCAUUACUCCAUCCAUUCAGUGCCAAGCCUUUCCUCGCAAGGUCUUCUCAGUGGUAUUCACUUCUUUUCAAUCCCUUUUCUCUUUCUAUUGUUCGUUGACUUCAUAACCAACCCAAAUCCGCUUUCUUACCUUUAUUGUAACAGUUCAUAACUGGACCCACUUUCUAUUUUACUGUCAUGUCUUUUUCGGUUAUUGAUGUAUCCUUUACAUUUGAGUCUUAACGCUUUUGACUUUCCACUUGUUUUUGUUCUGAACCUUUCCUGGCCUCAUAAUCUUCUAUAUUCUACUCCAAACUGGGCUGUGGCCCUUUCUUCCUGUGACUCAUAAUAUCUUUCUUUUAGAACGGAGACCUCUUGGCUCUUAACUUAUGAUCCUUGAAACAACUCCAAUGUAAAAUAGCUGUGUUGAGGUAAUGCAUAUUAAU